GAUGUCCAUUCACAACUAGUCUGUGCCUCAAUAAUCGCAGCCGUGCGCUACUUUUUUCUAAUUUUUUUUGUAAAAUUUUGCUAAUUUCGAAUUGAAAAUCAAUAUAAAAAUAAAGUUUUAUACGAUAAAAUGACUGAAACUGUAAUCAACGUACAAAAUCAAGAUCCCAAGCCGGGAAAACCCGGCACAGAAAAUGUUAAUGUACAUAACUUAUUUACCUGGGUGGAAAUCAAUUACAAUUACUUCAAGACAUUACCGGGUAUAUUAAAAUUAGCUCAACUGAUUAUAGGCAUCAUUUGUUUAGCGUUGGCCUCGCCAGCUAGACUACCAGGUACGAAUUGGUUUUUAUUUGUGGUUAUUAUUAGCUUCAUAGCCACUGCAAUUUGGUCUUUCAUUUACCUUUUGUCUAUCAGAGAAGCCAUAAAUUUUCCGAUCAAUUGGAUUCUUACAGAAUUUUUCAACACUCUUCUUCUGGCAGUUUUAUAUAUGGUUGCGUUUAUUGUACAAAUUUCAGCGUGGUCGAGUAAUAAUAGAACAUACAACUCUUAUUACAAGAACCUUAACAUAUUUGCAGGGAUCUUUGGCUUGAUUAAUGUCGUUGUGUAUGCAGCUGGAGUUUACUUAAUAUUUAACGAUUGGAAAAAAUCAAGGACUACAAGUCAAUAAUAAAUGAAUCCACUUUAAGACUAAUGCAUUAUUCAAUAGAUUAAUUAUUUUUUCCAACUAUUAUAAUCCUACCAAUACACAUAAAUGGAAAAAUAUUGGUAAAAUUAAAAUAUUAUUUUGCUUGUCAAACAAAUUUACAU